AUGCCGUACAACACUCGCCGGAAAUCAAUCUCCCUGUCCUCGCUCGGUAUACAAGUGCCUAAUUCUACACGGCUACACCGCGCGAACUCCAAGUCAACUGUAUCCGAAGAUCUGUCGCAAAUGCCACCUACGAAGAAGCAGAAGCGAUCUCAUACCGAUGAAGCGCCUCUUUCGCCAGUCUCGAGUCCACGAUCGCCGGCGCGGUCGCCACCAGCGCAUUCCAAGCGACUUUCGCAGCCACAGAGAAUCAAGCUAGAACACACUCCUCCACCAUCGCCUGGCGAUGUCGAGAUCGCGCGCAAGAAGACAGCAAACAGACCUCAUCUGAUCAAGGAAUUGGCAACAGUCCUAGCAUCGACAAAUCAAAACAUUGCUCACUCCGCGAACCCUGCCGCCCUCCUCUCUUCUCGACUGAGCCAGUAUCUCAAGCGACAAUGGACGCCCCUCUCACCUUGUCCACUGGAAAAGGAACUCAUUCCCGUACAUCCUCGCAAGGUCUUCUUCUUCCUCACAACACAAAAGCGAGGACAGCUACCAGAGAACUCGGAUGACAUCCUGCCGCCAACAUUGGCCGACCUCAAGCGCCUCACUCCUAGUAUUUCGGAUCCUAGCGUGGCCGGAGACGACAGCGAUGCAGAAAUGCGAGGACGCUCACCAAGUCCAGAGGUUGAGCUGUUCAUGCCCGAUCUAGAGGACGACAUCGGCAUUCCUACACCACCUACUCCUGGUGAGCCAUUCAGUGGUCGCAGUUCGCUCAAUCCAGACGGUAGUCCAGAUGUUCGGGCACGACGAUCAAACAGAGCACCAAGUCCUGCACUGGAAGCGGACGAGAAGGGUUUCACCGAAACCGCUCAGGCCGUUCGAGCUCGUGGAAUGAGCCUCCAAGCACCUCAGCCGUCAGUCGAAGUUGACCACUCAGCGAUUCUGGAAGCGCAGGAGACACCCGAACAACAGCAGAAUCGCGACCACAGCCUUCUCUUCAACACCUCUCGGUUGAGCGAACAGCAACAGCAACACAUGAUGCUCGGCAGCAGCCCUGUCAUUCCAGCCAAGCCGGCCUCGAUGGCCAAAGCUCCGGCUUUGCUCAACCUUGAUGAUGUGGAGAUGUAUAAUGCGACUGAUAACCUGAUCAGUCCUGAGAUGAUUGAUAUUGACGAGCUUGACUCGAUGUUCGAUGGCUACUAG